UCAAUUCUAUUCAGGUAUUAUCAUUCAGAAAGUUAAACAGUAUGAGAAGGUAUAAAGGAGUGAAACGAACCAUGUAGCAAGUUACAUUUGUUCCAAUUCACAUUUGGGUCGGGUUUAAAGGUCGUUUCAAUAAGUAUUAUGCGUUUUUACAUCAUUUUUUUAACAAUUUUCUUAUAUACGAUAUGUAAUAUAAUCAAUGAAGUUGAUUGUACAAUCAUAACGGAUAUUAAGAAGACCCUGCCGUCAGAUUUUUGGCCAUCAAAUUGGUGGCAAAGAUUGAAAAUUAUUUUGUUUAAUGGUGGAUUAUGGAAAUUACAUGAAAAUACAUCAGCUGGUAUUUCAAAAUUGUUAUCAAGUUUUAAUGGUGAAACCGGUUCUAUGAUGAUAGUAUUCAAACAUGACGACGGUCCACGUGCAUCUUACGCGUAUCAGCAACGUUUUGGAUUUCGUGGUCAGAGACUUGUUGAAUUAUUGGGAACCGGUUUUAAUUCUUUUCAAGGAAAUCCACAAGAACCGACAUUAACAUUUUUCUUAACUCCGCCUCUACCAUCUUCUUGGCGAACGUUUUAUAGAAAUGUUUCUUGACAAAUGAUAAUAAUAAUAAUGAUAAUUAAUAUUUAUUAGUUUCAAAAAAGGACACCUUGUGUCUUUGAUUUUAUAGAAAUCAUGAUGUCAUUAUAAUAUUUAUUAUAAAUCAUAGUUUUUUUUUUGUUAAUGUUAAUAAUAUGACGUUAUAAUAA